AUGCACACUGACAGUCGAACAAAACAACAGUUGGUUAUGCUGCGAUGGUAUUUUCUCUUAGUAUGUGUAUUUACGCUAAAGAUUCAAGCUGUCGAGUAUGAUACAUAUUUUCAUGUGUUUUCGAAAAGUAAUCCUGACAAACCAGUGACCAUUCAUUGGGGCGAUGCAAAGAAAUGGGAGCAACACAAAGCGUUUCGAACAUGUCCGAUAAAACUGAUUGCUCAUGGAUAUGCUGAACGAUGGAAUAUGGACUGGCGGUGGGACUGGGUUAAAGACAUGAAAGACGAAAUGUUGAGCAAUAAAACCAAGGAAAAUCUGUGCGUUGUUGCUAUCGAUUGGGAGAAAGGCGCAAGAGAAGCAAAUUUUAUCACAGCUGUUGGCAAUGCUGACGUUGCUGGACGACAUCUCGCUGAAUUUAUACAAGAUAACCAUAUCGAACCAAAACGACUGCAUUGUAUUGGAUUCAGUCUCGGUGCUCAUCUCUGUGCUUUUGCUUCAUCUCAAUACUUUCGCUUAACAAACAAAACGACGAAAUUCGCGCGCAUAACCGGUCUGGAUCCAUCAGGUCCUCUUUUACGUAAAGCAUCAGUCGAUAAACGUCUGUCGCGUGAUGAUGCUGACUUUGUUGACUCUAUUCAUACAUCGACAACGUUCGGUCUACAAGAAAAAAGUGGACACAUGGAUUUCUUUCCCGACGGGGGGAAAAGUAGUGCGAAAGGAUGCGAAAAACUAAUCGAAAUUAAAGACGAAGAAGAAGAAGACGAAGUUGUCGUCGAAUCCGAAAAGCACCAUCGGGUGAAACGGCUAUUCUUUAGCAAAAAGAAAACAAAAAAUAGCACGAAUGAUGACGACGAUGUACCAAAGAAGAAUUUCGUGGAAAAACUACGUGAUCGCAUUGGACGCGUUCGUCCGCUGAAGAAAGUCUUUCUCAACAUUCAUGCCUAUAUCGGUUGCAAUCAUCUCCGCUCGCCUCACUACUACAUCUCGUCAAUAAAUCACUGUCAAUUUCGAGCUCAAUCGUGUUUAUCAUGGUCGGAUUAUUCAGCAAAGAAAUGUGUCGAUUCCAUUGAUAACAACUCGACCUAUCCACGUAUGGGUUUCUACGCUGAAAAAAGCGAUGCGACCUAUCGACGAGGCAACGGAAGUUUCUAUUUAAAAACAACCUCUCAGAAGCCCUACUGUUCACCUACGCCGACAUCCUCUCCGAUGAAAAAACAAACGUCGAAACUGAAAAAAAAACUUAUGAAACUACUUCCUCAACGCGUUGGUUAA